UCAUAACACAACACACCUUAUCUGUCAUGUUUCCAAGAAACCGUAAUACUGCGAAUGACGUUUCAAAAUGUAUAAAAGCUGAGUAUCUCCCUCUGUAAUAUUAGAUCUAUUGCUAACAUCGAUUCGAAUCUCUCAUCAAACCUGACACCUGUGUGUUGUUAAACUGAAAGGGAAAUCAAAGAACCCAGUGCUCGCAGGUAUUAAUCUCGCAGGCGAUAAUGAUGUUCCUGUGGGCGUUAACCAUUAUAUCAGUUCUAGCGAUGGUGCCACUGCAGUCUCUGGAUCUUCCUAGAAAAUCUUGUUCCGGAUACUGCUCUGGAUCGUACAAAACAGGAGCAAAGUGCGUGAACGGAUUCUGUGAGUGUAGCAAACCUGGAUACAACAAAUACACAUGUCUACCUGAGGUUGGAAACUGUCGGGUCAUCCCCAAUAAUCCUGACGCCGUUGCUGCUGCGACAUUAAAGAGCGUCACACAGACAGUGCGUAGCUGUUUGAACACUGUCGACGUCCACAGAUACCAGGUGCACGUGUUGGGCGUCUACGAGGGAAACGUGCACACGCGGCCGCCGACUGCGGGGACGACACACGUGUACGUUGAAGGUGUGGGCGAGAAACCCGUCGUGUUGGCACUGUCCAGCUAUGAGCCUGUUCGUUGGGUGAUCCAUGCCGGCAGUGAUAUCCAGUUACACGCCGUGCUUAUGUUCAGUUACUACAACACUAUCAGCUCGGUGGAUCUGAGUCACGUGGUGAACUCGACGUCUGUUUUGGUGGAGAAAAGGCGUCGGUCGUCUGCUAUUGGUGACGAUUCGGGCGGCGGGAACACGGUGGGCUUGAUCAAGCUCCUCAACGCCAGAUGGGGACCAAUCAAAUCAUUCUCCGGCUGUUACAAGGCGGAUCAUUGGACACUGACCGUUUCCAAACCAAAAGCCACGGCCUUAGAACAACCAACGUCAACAUCAACACCAGUCGAGAGUUGUCUCGAAUCUAAAGACUGCUGGGUAAAAUACAACUUCCUGUUUGAAGACAACUGGAAUGAUUGUCAUGGUGACCAGUACGUCAAGAAAACAAAAUACCAAGUUGGGAAAUAUGUUGGAGUCGUCCUGUGUUCGGCUAACAAAUACAAGCUGUUUCUAUCUGAUUCGCUCACUGGCCGGUUUCUCAAUAUCGCGGAUGGCAGUGGACAUGGCCAGGAUCACUGCGAGUUUAUAGGAAGAACAACUGAUGCAAAAUCAAUCGACAAUGACUUCUGGAAUUCGCCUGCAACAACAGGAUAUUCACGUUCAUUUCGAGGGAAGACUCCCACUAUAGGCAGAAUUGGAGGCGGGACAGGAUCUACGUGGUCUGGCCAAUAUUAUUAUAAGUGGAUUAAGUGUGGAGUCAGCAUUCCUGGAGACAGUCGCGUGGUCACGUGGACUGGAUCAGAAGACAAAACGCCCCAACCACCAACAGGAGAGCCAGAGCCAACUUUAAAACCAGACAAAACGAUCGAACCACCAACAGGAGAGUCAGAGCCAGAGCCAACUUUAAAACCAGACAAAACGCCACAACCACCAACAGGAGAGCCAGAGCCAGAGCCAAAUUUAAAACCAGUUCUUCCAAGAAAAUCUUGUUCCAGCUACUGCUCUGGAUCGUACAAAACAGGAGCAAAGUGCGUGAACGGAUUCUGUGAGUGUAGCCAACCUGGAUACAACAAAUACACAUGUCUACACUAG